GUUUCACACUUAAGAUUGCUUUUAUAGUAUUGCUAUUUUAAAUACACCAGAUACACGUACAGAAAUACCAUUUUUAUAAAAAAUAUAUUUAUUUUAAAGGGUGAUAAUGUCUCAGGAUCCCGUAGUUAACGCGAUGCUUCUUGAAAUGUGUGCCAAGGCAAAGGAGGGCACAAGUCAUACCUACACGGCAUCCACUCCUGACAUGCCGGAUCCUGCUGACACUGAUGGGAACAAUGGCGAUGUCAAUUCCAAUAAUUCCUCUGUCAGGGAAUCUUCCUUACCGGCAUUACGAUCCAUUGACGGCGCACCAGUUCCUGCUAAAUCCGAGAAUACAUCACAGCGGAAUAUCACAGUUCCUGGUCGAAAUCCAAAGGAUUACGAAUGGUUGCGUGAGGCAUUGGCAUCUGUCGAGUCUCCUGAGCGUCAAGUAAAGCGACUGCUUGAUACGGUGGAGAAGCCGGAUAUUUCCAAAGAUGAGAUAAUCAAUGCUUUGGAAGAGCUAUCAGACUUGGUUGAGGACAUCAACUGGGCCACAGAAUUUGCGCUCAUGGGAGGGUCUAAACGUAUUUUAAUUUUGCUCCAAAGUUUGGAAAAAAAUGGUCUCGAGAGGUUUGCCGAGGGCACCAGUGAGGUGCGUGCUGCACUAGCUUCUAUUGUUUCGCACUCCUCUCAGCAACACGGACGUGUUCAGCAGUGCUUUGCCGACGCAAAAUGGGCAGAUAUUAUCAUUCCAAUGUUGUUGAAAGAAGAGUCUCCCACGACUCUAGCCGCUCUCUUACAUGCGUGCAGCUGUUUGUGCCGUAACUUUGAACUGAAUACUGUUUCUUUUUUACAGCAUAACGGUAUGGAGGUGCUAACGUCCUUACUUCAGCGGAAACGUCAGCCCAGGAUAGUUGGGGACCCCAUCGAUAACAAGAUUUUGGCCCGCAUUUUCUUCUUUGUGGCUUAUCUCGCAAGCACUGGUGUUUCUUCCGAGAAACUUAUUAAGCUUACUUGUGAACAUGUCGAAAAAUCCGCUGACAAGAACAACGAUAAUUAUGGCGUGGAAAGUAUGCAGCGUUCUGCAGCAAUGGCACUAUUAGAGCUUGCCAAGAAAAGCCCUAGUUUGGUAAAGCGGUUGGUGCGGGAGUGCAUGCCCAAACAGUUUAAGGCUUGGAGCCAGGUUCACAUGAGUGCGGAGGAUCAGGACCCGCGUUGCACUUUCUCGAAUGAAAUGAAAAAAUUAGGGUAACUAAAAGUGAGCGUAAUCAUAACCAAUUUAUUCAUUUUUAUUGGUUUAAAUCAUAUAUUUAAUAUUAAGUAUGCUGGCCAAAGUAUUAUUUUAUUACUAUAAGUGAAUUUAAAAUUGAUAUUAUAAGAGUAAA